AGAUCUAUAAAUGCCCGAGAGGCGUCGCCGCGCAAUUUAGCCUCGUGCUAAGUCAAUACCAUGUCAGCCACGGCUAAGCUGUCACUGUUCCUCGCCGUGCUUCUGCCCCUCACGUGGACAACGACGCUGCCGACGGGUACAUCGGCAGCGGCCACGUCCACGGCGUUUAAAGUACAGGAAUCCUAUGAGACCACGACGGGCCCAUCCUCCACGUCCAAGACGGACGAGGACGACUGGCGGGACAACACUCUCAUCUACCAAAUUUUGCCCAAGUCCUUUCAGGAUAGCAACGGCGAUGGACUGGGUGAUCUUCAAGGUAUUAUUAGUCGUCUAGAUUACCUUGUUGAUCUUGGCGUCGACACCAUCAGAUUAAGUUUCAUAUAUUCUUCCUCACAAGUGGGCUUAGGACAUCAUAUCUUAAACCAUACUGACAUAGAUCCUAUUUAUGGAGAUUUUACUGAUUUUUACGAGCUAAUAAAUAAAGCGCAUGAUAAAGAUUUAAAAGUUAUUUUGGAUAUUAUUCCGAAUCAUUCUAGUGACCAACAUAAAUGGUUCCUAGCUUCAGUUAAUGAUAGAAGUCCGUAUGACGAUUAUUAUAUUUGGGCUGAUGGAAAAAUUAAAAACAAUAAAAUAGUUCCACCUAAUAAUUUGAAAAGUACUUAUGAUGAUGCUGAUGGAUCAGCAUGGACGUGGAAUAUGAAAAAAAGGCAGUGGUAUUAUCAUAAAUUUCACUACACUGAACCAGACUUAAAUUUGCGCAAUCAGGAUGUUGUUGCAGAAAUCUUGAAUAUAUUUGAUUUUUGGUUAGAAAAAGGAGUUGAUGGAUUUUGCAUUUGUGGAAUAUCGUAUCUUUCUGAAGACAAAUAUUUGCUUGAUAAAUUGUUAGAAGAAAAUUUGAAGCAGAGAGUCUCUAAUUAUGAUUAUGACGAUGACGAUGACGAUGACGAUGAUGACGAUGACGACGAUGAGGAUGGAUUUUCAAUGAAUGUAUUGGAUAAGGCUUCUUUACUAAAUGAAUUUCGUGAACAUAUCGAUAAAUGGGUCGAAGCAAAUAAUAAUAAUAAGUCAAUAUUAUUAAUUGGAGAAAUAAAUGAAAGUGAUGAUAAAAUAUCAUCUUACUAUGGAGCUGAUCCUACAUUUAGUCUAAUAAAUUUAUCACUUGUAACACAAUUAAAUAAUGUUAGUAAUGCUCAAGAUAUUAAAAACUUAAUCAAUCAAAGCUUGACAUAUUUGCCAAAUGGGGCUACAACUAAUUGGAUGCUUUCAAAUCAAGAUUACUCGAGAGCUGCAUCAAGACUGAAUCCAGAUCUAUUAGAUGGUCUGUACAUGAUUACAUUGUUACUGCCUGGUCAAGCCAGUACAUAUUAUGGUGAAGAAAUUGGAAUGUUAGAUGGAAAUAUAUCAGUUAUUUAUACAAUUAAUACAAAUACGAGUAAACAAAAAGGGAGAAAAUAUUUCACUUCUAUUAGAGAUAAUGUUAGAACACCAAUGCAAUGGGAUAAUACAACAUCGGCUGGAUUUUCAACAAAUAAAUAUACAUUCCUUCCAGUCAAUUCUAAUUAUAAAAGGAUAAAUGUAAAUGAACAAUUACGAGACGCAGAUAGCAAUUUAGAAGCUUAUAAAAAAUUAGCAAUUCUAAGAAAAAAUCCAAUAUUUACCGAUGGAGAUUAUGAACUUGAAGCAAUAAAUAACGAUAAGAUUUUUAUUUUAAAAAGAUCUUUAGGUAACGAUACUUGCAUUGCAAUUAUUAACUUUGGAUCAUCAAAAGAGACGGUGAAUUUGACAGCUUUAUACCCGAACUUGGAAGAAGAUCUACAAGUUAUGGUAGAUUCAAGCAACGCGAAUGUAGAAAAAGAAAAUGAUGAAGAUGGUGAUGAUGAUAUAGAAAACGAUGCGUUUGUAUUGGCUGCCAAUGCUGCAGCGGUACUUUGUGAUAAAGAUGAUUUUAAAGAAUUUCCAUUUGAAACGACAACGGAUGAUGAUACACCAACUGAUGAUGAUCCUGAUGAUGAUGAUGAUGAUGAUAAUGCUGAUAAUGAUAACGAUAGUGCUGAUAAGGAUAAUGAUGAUAAGGAUAACGAUGAUAAGGUUGAUGAUGACAAGAGCAAGGACAGUGAUAAAAACGAUGACGACGAGAAGGAUGACGAUGAAAAGAAAACGACAACUUCAUCAUCUUCUGAACAUGAUUCCAACACAGAACUUUCUACCGAAAGUUCAACAAAUACUAGACAAGCAUUGUUAUUUAUAAUAUUAAUUCAUCUCGUAUUAGUAUUAUUUCUCAUCGCUCACGAAGAGAAAACAUUGCAUACAAUUUUGCGAGAACUAAAACGGGUAUUAACAACCUUUUACCAAUGAAAGACACUAUGCCAAAAGUCUGUUAAUUCUGAAGAAAGGAGAACAUCAACAUCGGUAAGCAGGUGCCUCGGGAAUGUGAAAAAAUGGUGUC